AUGGAUGAGUCUGAGCUUGAAGAAGGAGAGGCUUGCUCUUACAAUCUUACUAACGAUUUUGGUUCAAGCUUCGACCCUGACAAUGAUCUCUCUUACAUUGACGACAAGCUGCAAAACAUACUUGGACAUUUCCAGAAAGACUUUGAGGGCGAUUUUUCUGCUGAGAAUCUUGGGGCGAAAUUUGGUGGCUAUGGUUCUUUCUUACCAACUUAUCAACGUUCCCCUCUUUGGUCUAUUCCAAAGGCACCUGCAAAACCUCAGAGUUCUGCAGGGACUAGAUCUCCUAACAUCUUGCUAGGGGAGUCCCAGAGUGGUAAUGCAGCUUCUUCUAGUGUUCCUAGAAAGGAAAAAUCUGAGCUUGCCUCCUCUAGAAUCCCCCAAAAAUCAGUGAAAUCCAAGAAACCCAACUCCAGUUCCAGACAUGAAUCUGCAACCAAAAAACCUGGGGUCUUCAGUAAACAGAGCUCUCUGAAGCUUCGGAUAAAGAUGGGAUCAGAUAAUUUACCUACUGAAAAGAAGGCUGCUGCGAUAUACAGUGGCCUCGGACUCGAUGUGUCGCCUUCUUUGUCAUUAGAAAAUGAUAGUCUUUCUGGCAGUGAAGGGAAGAAUGGGGAACCUGAAGGUUAUUCUCCGUUGGAGUCUCCCACCAAUAUUCUUAAUGUUAUGACUUCCCUUCCUGUGGAUCAUUGUCAGUUGCUAUCUCCUCUCUCUGAUGAUCUGAUUCGAUUCAUUGAGAGGGAAAAACCCGAGAAGGGAUAUAAGCAUACAUCUCCAUCCAGGCUUUUCAUUGAGAGUUCUUCUACUAUGGCAAACCGUCCAGAGCCUCAAAAGGCUGGAGAAAAUCCAUUAGUGGAGAAGAAAAGAAAGAUGAUGGAGAGGAACAACUUGUCUGCAGAGACAAAUGUCCGCAGUAAGAAGGGCGUAUUAGAUGAAACUGAUGCAACGGAAACAAACACAUCAUAUCCUUCUGCGACGGAGAAAGAAACAGUCAGUAGUAAAUUAUUUGAUGCAUCCAAAGAAAGCUACAAUGGCACUGUUAAGGGAGAAAUGGCGGGUGAUGUAGAGAGAAGUAGAUUGUGGGGUCUAACCCGUCAUAAAGAUCUUGAGCCGCAUCAUGAGAAUCCAAAGACUAGUUCAGCUGCAAAUGUCCGGGAAGAUAAGAAGACCAGAUUUGGUGAUGAUGAUGGAGAAUACAAAGGAAGCAAAGCUCCUGAUUUGGUUAAAAAGGAACCAAAAGCGUCAAAACUGAAAAGUGGUCAAAAGGCGGAGCCAGAACAUUCAUCAAGAAAACAGAAGUCUGAUCAGAUUGAACGGGAGCCACAGUCUUCUUCGAAGUUUAGGGAACAUAAAACCUCUGUUGUUUAUGAUACAAAGAUGAAUGGUCAAGCUAAGAAGAAGGAAGUGGCAGCCUUGAAACAACAUAAUGGUGGCAAAAAGGCUGAGGAUACUUACAAAGACUUUUUUGGAGACAUAGAGGACUCUGAUGAAGAAAUGGAACAUAAUUGUUCGUUGGAACUAAAAGAUGUCCGUGUAUCGGAAAAGGGACUUCCGACCUUUGAAGAUAUGCCGGAAAAAUCAAGAGUCGCACUGACAGAAUCUCAGAAUGUUGGUCCUGGACCCGUAGUGGGCAACUUUGGUAGUGAUUCUUCUCUUUCUAAAGCGAAUCCCGUGAUCAUAGAAGAAAAUUGGGUUGGUUGUGACAAGUGUGGAAAGUGGCGGAUUCGUCCUUUUGGUGAUGUCCCCGAACUUCCGGAGAAAUGGAUGUGCACGAUGCUUGAUUGGCUCCCUGGUAUGAACUCUUGCAAUGUUCCUGAAGAGCAAACAACGAAAGCUUUGUAUGCGAUGUAUCAGAUGCCGGCACCUGAAACCCAGGCUCCAGUGCAGAGUAACCCCAGUGGCCUUAAACCUGAGUUUAAUCAGGGAGACGACAACACAAAAAGGAAGAGGAAAGGUUUAAAAAAGUUAGACAAUGGAAUGGUUAAAGAAGUUUCUCGAACUGCAGAAACAAGCAAGAAGAGUAUCUUAACAUCAGCAAGAAAUGGAAUCAUGCACAAUUCGCAUGGACUUGGUGACUUUGCUGACGAAGAGAGACAUAAGCAUAAACAGAAAGAGAAAGGAAAAGCAGUGGAUCACCACUCUGAUGACUCGAGGAGCUUGAAGAUGAAUAACAUAAGGAACGCAGAUCAAGAUAGUUCUAUGCUGGCCAAGAAAAUGAAGAUUGAAAGUUUUCUGUUUCAUGAUGAAUCUGAACACGGCAAUGGACGUCCUACCUCGAGUAGUGGUGUCCCUGUCGCGUCAGCAGAUAAAAAGCACAAGCCUCGAGCCUCCUCUAAAAUGCCAAACGAGGAAGGGGGAGCUUCAGACACGGGAAACAGCAAUAGCACAGGGGGAAGUAAAAAGAGGAAAUUGAAAGAAAGCCAUGGUUCUCGGGUUUACGGUGAGAACGAAAACCAUGAACGAAAGAAAGCUCGAGUUCUUAAAGAAGAAAAGGAGCCAAGUUUCUCUCAUGGCAAUGGAAAGUCGGAAAAGCAAAACACAAGUCAUUCGAAAAGAGAGUACGGACAUGUUGCGGCCACCUCUAGUUCUUCUAAGCUUUCCGAUUCUCAUAAACCUAGAUACAGCUCCCACGAAGUUAAAUGCUCGCCUGUUGAGUCGGUGUCGUCCUCACCUAAGAGGAUCCCCAACCCGGAUAAAAGUGUAUCUCUGAGUAAGAAGAAAGAAGAAUCUUAUGAUGCUGACGUCUUCCCAGCAAGUAGUAUGAGAAGAUUCUCAGAUGGUGAAGGUGAUGGUGGGAGUGAUAGAUCGCAAACGCGGACAAAACAUAGAUCCCAUGAGUCUUCUGUGCUUGAUGUCUGUGAUAAUAAAGGAUCGUUGAAAGCUAAAGAGCGCGCUGAACCUUCUCUGGAUGCCAAUUUAGAAAAUGGUGGCCACAAGGAUUUACCACUAAAAUUGGAUGAAGGAAAGCAAUCUAGCGACCAUCAUCAUCGGCGUAGCAAUGAUUCUUUGGCGAAGAAGUCAGGAAAAGGUUCAUCUUCUCGGUCCAAAGACAAGAACCUAAGCAUUAGGUCUGAUUCACGGGAUGGUCCGAGACAUAUUGAAAAUAAGAUAUACGACGCUAGUCCAGACAGUAGAAUAGACAUGGUCGUGAAAGCAAACAUUCCGAAACCUUAUGACGUUGAAAGAGUAUCAGAAAGGAGUAAUAGAGCAGAUCUAACUUCUCCAUCACGGCCACCAUCUAGAGGUGAUUCCUCCCGUAAGAAAGUGGAAAAAUGCAGCACGUCAGCUGGCAAUAAUAGUAUCCAAGCUGAUGAUGAUGUGACAAAGGCAACAACAGCCCAGAUAAGAAGGAAAAACGAGCCGUCUCCAAGCCCCUUGCGAAAGGAAGUAACAUCUGUGCAAGCCGCCCAUAAUAUUUUGAAAGAAGCUACAGACCUAAAACAUACAGCUGAUCGCCUCAAGAGUUCGUUGUCAAACCUUGAGUUUAUUGAGCUUUACUUCCAAGCUUGCCUCAAGUUUCUUCACGGUGCUUCUCUCUUGGAGAUGAGCAGUAACGAGAGUGCUCACUCUACGAGUAUUUAUAGCAGCACAGCGAAUCUCUGCGGAUUUUGUGCACGUGAGUAUGAGAAGUCUAAAGAGAUGGGAGCUGCUGCUCUGGCUUACAAAUGCAUGGAGGCUGGGUAUAUGAGAUGGGUCAAUUCCUCUUCCACCAGUGCUAAUAGAUAUCGAAAUGAAUUGCAGACUUCUUUGCAAAUAGUUCCUCCAGGUGAGUCUCCUUCCUCUUCUGCUUCGGAUGUUGAUAACGUGAACCAUCCAGCAGCAGUAGACAGAGUUGGCAACUCAAGGUGCACCAGUUCUCCUUUAGUUGCUGGGAACCACGUCAUUUCUGCGCAAAACCGCUCUAAUAUUUUACGUCUAAUUCAAUUUGCUCAGAACGUAAAUCUGGCAAUGGAUGCAUCAAGGAAAUCACGUAUGGCAUUGGCAGCUUCUAUUGAAAACUUGGGGGAGGGUGAACAACAAGGAGAGGGAAUUAUAUCCAUUAAAAGCGCCCUUGAUUAUAACUUUCAAGACUUGGAGGGGUUGUUACGUUUAGUGAAGCUUGCAAUGAAUGCCAAUAACCGGUGAAAGACAGCUGAAACGAAGCAGCUUAUAUACGAAAAUGUGAGAAAAAGAAGAGGCAAAAUUCUGAUGGUGAAAAGGAUCAUCUGUUGCCUUGCGGCUCUGCCUGCGUUUUGAGCAAUUGUUUUGGGUGUCAUAAUCAUUUUGUACAAAUUCCAUGAAGAGUUCCGCUUACAGAGUCUGCUAUGAAGAGCUUUCUGGUAAACCAAGGAAGGAACAUGACAUUUGACUCCAUCAGAUACUUCUCUAAUUCUGCCGAGGAACAACUCACAAAGGUAACAUAAUAAGGAAGCUUCUUUUCCAGCUAAGAAUCAUGUAUGGAGUAUGUAUACAGAGCAACCAAGGUGUAACUUCUGGUACUGGAUUCUCCAUUUCUCGAUCACAAGACAGAGAAAUCCGUUCUCCCAGUAUGAGAUUGUUAACUGUCUCAUUCAAAUAAAAGCCAUUUAGGGUAUAUUACAAAGAAAGGAAACAAUAAGAUUAGAAGAGUUUGGAGUAAUAGUAGCUUUCCCUGUAGUGGUGAUAGGCUUUUUCAGUUUUAGGAGUGUUGUCUUUUUUUCUUUUUGUAGAUACAAAGUAAAAGAAAGUUACAAAUAGAGUUGUGCGGUCUUGGAGGAGCUUUCUCGGAGUUUCCAAUAACUUCCCGAUCUUGAUUUUCAGUUGCAGUUUUGAAACAGGCUUUGGUUCCUCUUUAUCUAUGUCGUAUCUUAAACUAAUAUUUUUUGUUUUUAGCAAAAUCCUCAACUCAUGAGUGUAUGUAUGCCUUCUCUGAUUUGAAUGGCCUUUAUGUAUAAACUGUACAUUUUUCAUCAAAGAUAUAUACAUUAGAGUUCUACAGUUAA